CCAGCCCGCUUUGGGAAUUUGGGAUCUAGAGAGAAAAACUCCGGAGUACAAAAGUUACGUAGAUUGAGAACUGGUCACGUUUGGGGGGGGGGCACCCCUUCACUCCAAGGGGCGGAGCCCCGUUUCCUUCCGCUCUCAGGAAGGGCCUGGUAGUCUGGGAAUUUCCCUGUCCCUGGGCUGUGUGCUUUCCCACCCCGAUCAUGAAUAAAAGGGGUUCACUCAGCUCGAUGUGCCACAGAAUCCACUCAGCCCGCUCUGUCUCCCGCUUUCCGGCUCCAGGCCCCGACACUCUACGAACUCAGCCCCAUGGCCCGCGCCGUCCCCCGCGUCCACAGCGCCCCAAGUCUCAGCGCUGCGCUGCUGCUGCUGUUGCUCCUGGGCGCCACCGACCGGCAAGCAGCAGCCGCUCCCGUGGUCUCGGAACUGCGCUGCCAGUGCUUGAAGACCGUGCAGGGCAUCCACUUCAAGAACAUCCAAAAUGUGCAGGUGACGCCCGCAGGGCCUCACUGUCCUGAAACUGAAGUCGUAGCCACCCUCAAGAAUGGACAGCAAGCUUGUCUCAACCCCGCGGCCCCCAUGGUUAAGAAACUCAUUGAGAAGAUCCUAAAGAAUUCCAACUGACUUUCAGAGAAGAAGGAAGCUUAUCAGUUACUGUUCCAGCCUUGAAGGGAGCAGAGUGAAAGAAAGCCACCUAAAUUGCGCUCAAUGUGACAGACUACUUCUAUUUAUUUACAUAUUUAUUGUUUAUUUAUUUUGUCUUUUAUAACUAAUAUUUAAAGAUAUGAAUGUAUUUGGUAAUUUACUUAUAUGUUAUUUAAGUGUCAUUUUAAUGACAAAUUGAAGUUUUUUGAUCCUGCUAUUUAAUUUGAAGAUGAUGUGUUUUAAACGUCUCUUAUUCAUUAAACAAUAUUUGAAUGUGUGUGUGUGAAAAGGGGAGACUAUGCCACUAUGGUAGAGUCUGGAAAAAAAUAACAGGGUUUCAAAUAAAUAGUCAGAUCACUGUUCUGUUGGAGAAUGUGUGCACUUGGUACUGUUGAGAAGAAUGCUAGUUGUUAUUUAUUGAAACACUUUCACAGUAUGUGAUCAAUAUUUCUGUUGUUGGAGUUUUAAGAACUACAAUGGGCUAAUUAUCCCUUGGACAUUUUAUGUCUUCCUUGUAAGGCACAAUGCCUUGUAUUAGCAUUUAUUGUCUCUAUGCCCUGGAAUAGAGAAGUUUAAGUAUUUGUUCAUGUAUUUAUUCACCAGUAACAUAAAAAUAAAGAAGUUUUUACA